GAGAGAGAAGGGUUAGCUUGUGCGCAGUCCGGUGCGCAUGCGCAGCGGCAGCGGCGCAGUCAGAGAGCAGCAGACGCUGCAAACAGCUGCUCUCCGUAUCGCAUUAUAUCGCAUCGUUUCUUCGACCUGAAGCCGAAGUUUGACCUUGACCUCCCUCAUAAAGUCUAGCUCGGCGCUUCCUGGUUUCCCAACUCUGCGAUGGAGCGGCUUUCGGACGACGUGGUGCUGCUCGUGUUGCAGUACGUGGGCGUGGACGACCUCUUCACAUGCCGUCUCGUGUGCAAGCGACUCGGCGGUCUGGCCCUUCACCCCGGCGUUUGGCGGUACCGACGUUCCCACAGCUGGAGGCCCGAACGUCGCGAGAAUGUGUGUCGGUUGCUGCGCCUAGCGCCGCGCCUGGCCUGGCUGUCCUUCGACUUCCCGCCGAAGCAGGACGUCCACUCAGCGCUGUACGCCACGACCCGGUGCGCGGUGCGUGAGCUCAUGACCCACGUGUACGUCGACGGCGGUGUGCACGCGGCACUCUUCCUGCGCAACCAGGAGGCCCUCGGUCAGCUGAGGGUCGUCACCCUCUGGCUCACGGAUCGCCGCGGACCCAUCGACGCCGUGCUACUCGGAACGGUGGCGUCGUCGUCCAUCUUGGAGAAGCUGACUGUCCGGUCCGGUUGGGACCAUUGGGACAGCGGACUCGCCGCGGCCAUCCGGCACACUACCAUAGCCCAGCCGUCCCUCAAGUACUUAAAUUGCCGUCUCAACUCAAACUCGCAGCCCUUCGUCGACCUGGUGCUGGCCGGGCACGCCGCUACCCUCGAGGUGGUCUCCCUCGGAGAAACCACUACAUCGACGGGAUCUCUUCCCGAAUGUAUGCCCAACCUCCGCGUGCUCACCUGCUCCCUGCUCCCCGGCAUGGAGACCCUAGCGCCGUCGCUGACGAAGGUGACGCUGCACGUGACGCCCGACAUGCGACCAGGAGUCCUCGGCGCCACGGAGAUGCUGCGGCGCGCCCCCAAGCUCCGCGUGCUCACCCUGAAGUACCGGCCCGCGGCCCGCACCUCGGCUCACGUCGGGGUCGAUCUGGUUGAGGCACUAGCGUGGUCGGGACGGUCCGCCGUGGAGGUGCUGGAGAUCGACAACGAUUGGUUCACGGAGUUGGUCGGGGUAGAUAGCGACGACGUGGGGAUAGAGUUCCUCCCUCAGCUGCAGCCGCUGGUCAGGACGCUGCCUUCUCUACCGUAGACCUGUUCCUAAAAC